GAUGGGCAAUGGCCGCCGCGUAACGAACGCCGUGUGCUGGUGAUGUCGGCUGUCCUGGCCGUUAUAUUUCGAUGAUUAUUUUAUAUAAGUUUGAUUAAAAAAUAACACUUAUAAAUCUAAAAUCUAAACAAGCGUGUCCGUCCGUUAUUUAUUUAACAUUAAAUAAAUAAUAAUAAUUAUAAAACCACCAACAAUAAUAAUAUCACAGUGUGAUUUAAAAUAAUUAUAAAUAUAUAUAUAAUAAUAAAAAAAAUAAUAAUAAUAAUAGUAGUCGUACUAAAUAAUUAUGCCAAACAAGCAAAAGAAAGACAAGGUGCGUUUAUUGAAGUAAAAAAUAAUAAAAUUUCAAAACUCAUGUUUUUACAAGUAUAAAAAUUGUUUUUGUUAUUAUUCGACUUAGUGGUGGAAUUUAACCGUGAAACUAAAUCCGUGAUUUUAUUUAAACUAAUUUUCUUUCUUAUUCGUGUUUUUCUAUCUACUCUCUUCGUCAUCAUCGUCGUCUGGUCUUCGACUUUGUAACUGUCGUCGUGGUGCCGCAGAAAAUAAUCAACCAGAAAGAAUAUUAAUAAAUAAAUAAAACCAGCUUAUUAUUUUUUGAGAGAAAUAUAUAAAAUAUAUAUAUAUAUAUACGCAGGGGGGAACACACACACAACAACCCGGCAAUCUUGGCUACCACCAGCUAUCAUCAUCGUCUAGUAACACGUAUCCUGAUUCAGCAAUCAUCACCUUGCUCUAUAUUUAUAUUUAAAUAAUAAAUAAACAACAACAGCCGUACAACAAAAGGGUCUACACAGUCUAUACAUUUAACAACAAGAAGAAUAAUAAAUAUAAUAAUAUAAUAUAAUAUUUAAUAACCGCGUUUAUUAAUCGCCUACUUACGACAAUACGCGUUCAUUAUCGUCAAAAAUAAUAAUGGAGUCGGGAAAACCCAAGGACAAGACCAAGAAUGGCAAGGAUCCAGAACCCGGUGACGAGAAUAAUAAAGUGGCGGGUGGACCGCCUGGAGGUAGCACUCCACCACCGCCUACGCUGAUCAACAAAAUGAAAUACCAACCGGGUGGCCCGGUUAUCAAGAAGGACAAGCGGCAAAACAGCUCGAGGUUCAAUAUAUCUAAGAAUCGUGAACUGCAAAAAUUACCCUUUAUUGCUGAAGCACAGGCGCCAAAUGAAAGAGAAGAACUUUUUAUUCAGAAGUUACGGCAGUGCUGUGUGUUAUUUGAUUUUGAAUCUGAUCCACUGUCUGAUUUAAAAUGGAAAGAAGUAAAACGAGGUGCAUUACUCGAAAUGGUCGAGUAUGUUACCAAGAACAAAGGCGUAAUUACAGAAGUUGUUUAUCCCGAGGCAGUAAAUAUGUUUGCUGUGAAUCUGUUCCGGACCCUCCCACCGUCCUCGAAUCCGAAUGGCGCCGAGUUUGAUCCGGAAGAGGACGAGCCAACCCUCGAGGCUGCCUGGCCGCACUUGCAAUUGGUGUAUGAAUUUUUCCUACGACUACUCGAGUCACCGGAUUUCCAGCCGACAAUUGCUAAACGUUAUAUAGAUCACAAGUUUGUGUUACAACUGCUGGAGCUAUUUGACUCGGAGGAUCCUCGUGAACGUGAUUUUUUGAAGACGACACUUCACAGAAUUUACGGAAAAUUUUUGGGUCUACGCGCGUACAUCAGAAAGCAGAUAAAUAAUGUUUUUUAUCGAUUUAUUUAUGAAACUGAGCAUCAUAAUGGAAUUGCUGAGUUGCUAGAGAUUCUCGGAAGUAUUAUCAAUGGUUUCGCUUUACCGCUCAAAGAGGAGCACAAGAUAUUUUUGCUAAAAGUUCUUUUACCUCUUCACAAAGCCAAGUCGUUGUCUGUUUAUCAUCCACAGCUUGCAUACUGUGUCGUGCAGUUUCUUGAAAAGGAUCCAAAUUUAACGGAGCCAGUAAUAAAAAAUCUUCUUAAAUUUUGGCCGAAAACCCACUCGCCCAAGGAGGUCAUGUUCCUCAAUGAACUCGAGGAGAUUUUAGAUGUUAUUGAGCCAGCCGAGUUUCAGAAAGUAAUGGAUCCGCUGUUUAGACAGCUCGCUAAGUGCGUUUCUUCCCCACACUUUCAGGUGGCGGAGAGAACAUUGUACUACUGGAAUAAUGAGUACAUAAUGUCUCUAAUAUCUGACAAUUACUCGUUUAUUUUACCAAUAAUGUAUCCGGCGUUAUACAAAAACUCUCGUAAUCAUUGGAAUAAAACAAUUCAUGGAUUGAUUUAUAAUGCAUUAAAACGUCUUAUGGAAAUGAAUCAAAAGGUGUUUGAUGAGUGUACUCAGCAAUAUUUUCAGGAUCGGCAGAAAGAAAAACGAAUGCUAAAAGAUCGCGAUGAAGCGUGGAACCGCGUGGAAUCACUCGCAAUGCGACAUCCGAAUUACACGGUGGUUACAAAAGGCCUCCUAAACAAUUCGCACAAUCUGUCGCAGCAUUUGGACAGUCCCCCGUUGGACGAGGACGCUGAUAAUGAUGUGACACCACUUACAUUAGAAAAAAUCGAGGCUAAGGCUAACGAGGCAAAGAAGAUGACGAAUACCAACAAAACGAAGCCGUUGUUACGAAGAAAAAGUGAAUUACCACAAGACUCGUAUACAAUGCGAGCUCUCUCAGAUCAUAAACGUGCUGAUGAAUACCUCGUUACACCACCAGAUCCAAACAACUGCUAGUCCCUGCCGAUUUCCCUUGCGAUGUAUCCUCUCUUCUGCUGCAGAUAUUCCAGAGUAAGAGUUUGAUAUCUCUGAGGCUGAGUGAAAUUUUUAAACGUUGCAAAAAUAACUUGCGGAUGCCGGAUAUCUGCUUUUUAUUCUGUUAUUAAAUCUUAAUUUGUCUCUUUUUAAAUUAAUCUAUCAUCUUAACAAUACAACAAAAGAACAAAAAGAUUAAAAAUUAACAAUCAAUUUUUCAGUUAAUGACAGAAAAAUAAAUUGCAGACCGAAUAAUCACAGUUUAUGAUAAAUAUCUUUUGGAUAAUAAACGACGAUUAGUAAUUAAAUAUAAAAAUAAAAUAAUCAUCCAGCUUACCUGCGGUUAUUAAUAAACCGUAGAGUGCAAUUUAUUGUAUGUAAAGAAAGAAAAAAAAAAAAAACUAAAAAAUAAUAAACGAAGAGAAUUAUUUCUCGCAAGACUUUUUGUACGAUGAGAUAGAUAAUGCUUAACUGCGCUUUAUGGUGAGCAUCUUAAUUAUUAAAUACGAAAACAUAAAUAUUAAAACUUAAAAGUUUUAUAAUUUAAAUUUAAUCAGUUUAUUCAGUUUUAAAUUUUAUCUGUGAAUUUAAAAAUUGAGUCGACUUGAAAGAUUCAUGAUACGAAGUUUAAAUUGUUUAAUAUUAUAUAUUAUAAAUAAACAAACA